UUGCGCACUGCAAAUUUGAAGUUUAAAUUUUGGAAACCAUUUUGCCUCUGGAAGCAACCACUUCAACCAGGAUAACAAAGAGAAUAUAGGAUUAACUCACCAUGACGAUUGAUGAAAGUGAUAUUUCAGAUGAUUCCUUUAGAGGAUUAAUGAAGAAUCUUAAUCUUGAUGAAUCACAAUUCCAAGAAUAUCAAACUAAUUAUGAAGAAUUAUCAUUUCAAAGAUUAUCUCAAAUCAAACAAAUCAUCGAAUCUCAAUUAAGUCUAUUAUUUGAUCUUCUAAAACAGAAAUAUAAUGCUGAUAUGGAUACCAAAUUGUUGACAUCGGAUGGAUUUCCUAGAAAUGAUAUUGAUGUGGUUAGUAUUAGAUUAAUCAGAGUUAAAAUUAUCAGAUUAAGAAAUGAUCAUAAACAUUUAUUAAAAGUAUUGGAAGUGAAAUUAGUAGAGCAUUUCCAAUCAAUUAAGGAUACGUCAUCAGAGAGUAAUACAGUUGAACCAUCUCAAUCAACACUGGAAUCCGCUUCAUCCACUAUAAAGUAUACUGUGCCAUUCGCAAGAGUUUCAGAGAUCGCACCCAAUGGUCCAGCAUUUAAUGCUGGAUUACAAGAAGGGGAUAAGAUUGUUUUAUUCGAUAAUCAUAUCCAUGCUGCCAAUCAUAAUAGAUUAUCUGGAGUUGUAUCUAGUGUGAAGAAUGGUAUCAAUAAAUCGAUACCAGUUGAAAUACUAAGAGAUAAUAAUCAAUCAACAAUUUUAUAUCUAAAGCCUACAAAUAACUGGGGUGGACAAGGAUUAUUGGGAUGUAGAUUGAUUCCUUUAUGAACAAGAAACAAAUUCUAUAAGCAUAUAUAUACAGAUAAUAAUAAUAAUAAUAAUAAUAAUAAUAAUAA